AUCCAAGGAGACGCUAUUGUUCGCCAUUGUAAUCAAAACGUUUCGCAGUUUCAGACGUGUGAUAAUUACUAAAGCCGUGCCAUUAUCGUUCAGUUGAAGCGUACUUUUAUCCAAAAUGAAGAAAACGACCAAAUCUUCCCGUGCUGGGCUUACAUUUAGCGUCGCGCGCGUAUCGUCAUCCUUGCGAAAAGGGCAGUACGCGAGCCGCAUCGGUGUUGGAUCUUCCGUCUAUAUGGCGGCUGUGCUCGAAUACUUGGCGGCGGAAGUGCUUGAAUUGGCAGGAAAUGCAGCUCGGGAUAAUCACAAAUCUCGGCUCACGCCGCGUCAUAUCCAGCUGGCCGUGCGCAAUGAUGAGGAGCUCAGUAAACUGUUGCAGGAGAUUACCAUUUCGCAAGGAGGUGUCAUGCCGAACAUCCAUUCGGUGCUGCUGCCACGUAAAACCGGUGGAAAAUCUGCUGCAGGCGCUGGAACCGGACAGAGUCAAGAGUAUUAAGGUACAUUUCAGUCGACAGCCACGAACGGAUCGACUUGUUUCUUUAUUGAUAAACGAUUGUAAAAUGUUACUCAUGAAAACUAUUUGAGAUAGAAGAUAGAACGCUCAGGUAGCUUUGUUUUAAGAAAGAACUUUAUGUUACAUUCCCGCUUAGAAUCGAUGCAUGCAAUGGGGAAAUUUCUGUAAAUGGUCUGGUUUUUGGUUUAGGAAUAGUGCACUACAUUUCAUUUAUUAAGUAAUGUACAAGAUACAUAACCGAUCAGUCAAUACGAACACUUGCGUAAUUAUUUCAAAACAUUUCAAAUUGUCUGAACUUAGUACAUGAUAUAAAAUAUUCAUAGCCGAUUGCCGACAGGAAUGUAGCGCACAGCAAAAAGAAGAGAAAAAAUGAAAAUCUGUACAAUCCCAGAACGUCUCAAAAUAAAUUGCAUGUAAAAAUGUCAUGUCUAUGUUUAAAUCA